AACCACUCAACCCUCCACUUUUCAAAGCCAGAUAAAAAACUCUCCCGAGUUCUCAAAGACUAAUUACUUACUAUUAAAAAGAGCAAAACAAUGGCCUUUGACGAGAAGAAGAAGAUAACCCUAAAGAGCUCCGAUGAUGAGAUCUUCGAGGUGGAGGAGGCUGUGGCUGUGCAGUCGCAGACCAUCAAGCACAUGGUGGAGGACAACUGCGCCAACAACGCAAUACCUCUGCCAAACGUUACCAGCAGCACCCUAGCGAAGGUGAUCGAGUACUGCAAGAAGCACUAUGAAGAAGAGUACUGCAAGAAGUACCAUGAAGAAGAGGCUGCUGCCAAUGGUGAGAACAGAGAGGAGAUUCUGAAGAACUGGGACGCUAAGUUCAUGAAGGUGGACCAAAGUAUUCUGUUUGCCCUAAUCUUGGCUGCAAACUAUCUCAACAUUAAGAGCUUGCUGGAUUUGACCUGCCAGGUUGCGGCAGACAUGAUCAAGGGAAAGACACCGGAAGAGAUCCGUAAGACCUUCAACAUCAUGAAUGAUUUCACUCCUGAGGAAGAAGAAGAGAUCCGUAAGGAGAACCAAUGGGCAUUUGAGUGAUAUAUUGGAAUUAAUGUUAUAUGUCAUAUAGUUAGAGAGUCCUUAUGGAUAUUGCUUCUACUUUAAUUCAAUUGGUUUUUGUUUUUGCUUAGGUAAGUGCUUAGGU